CAGAUUGUGUGCGAGGUUUGAACUUCUCCUCCGCCCGUUUCCUCGCGGCAGCAAUAGCCCCUGGUUCUUUCGAAGGGGCAUCGGAAAAUGCGCGCUUUGGAAAGAGUGUAGUUCGGGCUAGCCCGAACAGCCCUCGUCUGGCUAGCAUGAUUCGCCGAAGCAAGCGCUUGGAUAAGACGUUGACUUCCACAAAAGGAAAGAUCUCCCACCAUCUCCAUUCAGUCUAUUUCGGCGCUUCCUCGCUCACGACAGUCAUGCGAAACGCGUCUAAAUGAUAUCAGAAAUCAUCCUCGUUCUAGCGGGUCAUCCUUCGUCGCUUUUUUUGGAUGGUGGGACCGGAAAGCUAAGCCCUGUGUGGGGGGAAUUAUUGCAUCCUGGAGAGCAACAAUCACUUGAGUACUUGUCACAUAUCGGCUUACAGUAUCGGAGGCUCAAGGAAGAUGCGAAGUCUAUCGCCACAGACUCCGAGUAUGUCGCAAGCAUGUGUGCCUCUAUCCGAACAGUUCUCGCAGAGUAUGACGCACUUACGGUCCAAACGGAAACCAACAUCCUACAACGCGAUGACACCAUGGUUGCAGGUGGCUGCUUUGUACCGCUAGCAUCUCUGAAAGCAACCUUCUCCUCUUGGGACGCGCCCUUUGCUGCUCUUAUUUCCCUCAUUUCUCAAAUCCGUAACUUUCCAUCUGGUUCAAUAUCGCCUGGACAGCUGAUUGACCUCCUCCUGGAACGAAGUGAUUGUGGGGUUGAGAAGAUAAGGGAAAUCAUGGUCAGUCUGGCCGAAACUGUGCAAAAGGUGUGGCGGAUGCACUUGGUGGCCUACGUGGUGCAUGGGACAUUAUCUGAACGAGACUCGUUCGCGUUGGGGAAUCCAUUCCGGCUGAAUCUGGAUGUGAUCCCUAAAUGCGUGUCUGAAGAGACACGGGAAUCAAUAGCUUAUGUAGGGAGAGCGAUGACAACGAUAAGGAGUGCCAAAUCAUCGUCUCUCCAGGCCCGAGGAGUCACACUGCCUCGAGAGCUUGCGGUGGAGCAUACCAAACUUCUCGGGAAAGUCCUACCUCAGGAUAGCCACGCCUUUAGUGAUGUUAUGGUCCGGAUUCGAAGCAAUGUCAGCGAGUGGUUAUGGACCACAGUACUCACACAUCGUGAAGUGAACGAAGCAAUUGAUACUCUAGCCGAUUACUUUCUAACGAGGAAUGGCGAGUUUAGCGUCGCCCUGAUCCAAGAAGUCGAACGAUUGAAGGUUUCACGUUUAUCUCCUCGAUCUUCUUCACGCACGCCUGGGCUCAGCAUCAUCCGCGAACAAGACCUUGCAUUAUGUAUCCUCCGAGCGUCCCUUGGAACAUCAGCAGAACACGAUCCUGCUGUUUCCCAAUCACGACUGCGCUUCAAGCUCCCAGGCGGGUCUCUUCGACCCCAUUUGCCUCACGUGGAUGUUGAUCUUGAUCUUUCGCAUAUUACACCUCGCUCAAUGGAUUUCAGUACCACCUUACUCGGCGUCCCCCUGGAGCUCACCUACAGCCUCUCUUGGCCACUCGAUCUUUUCUUGGCUCCUUCCGAUAUUCAAACGUACUCUCAACUCUUUGCUUAUUUCGCCUCUAUCAGAUAUAUAUAUCAGCGUGUUAUGAGUUGUUGGGCAUCUUUGUCGAGUUCUCAGCGCCGCCGCCGCCGAUGGGCGGGGCUGAAGGAGAACGGAAAUUCAGAGGACGACAGGCAAAGACGCCUUCUGCUUCGAGACACUUGGGAGGCUGUUCGCCUGAUGUUGUGGUUUUGGGAUAACUUGUGGUCAUACAUGUGUUUGGAUGUCGUGGAAGGGCACUUCAAGCGGCUGAAGGGGGUAUUACAACCUUCAAGACAUAGGUCCGGGUCGGUGAGGAGGCGCCGAUCUUCAUCUGCAUCCACUGCGGCGCCACCACCGGCACCACCAACAACUGAAGGACACGAGGAGAUGGAGACAAGUGAGUUCGGUCCGAGCCGGAAUGAACAUCCGAGUGCUAGGGGCGGUCGUAAGCGGUUGGACAAGGAUAUCCCCUCUCCCUCUUUGGACUUCGCUACGUUACGUGCUUUGCAUGGAACGUAUCUAUAUUCCUUGACUACUGGUAGUCUGCUGACCAACUCGGCGUGUUCCAGCACCAUCAAGACGAUUAUGGACAUAUGCGAAGUUUUUGUGGCCAAAGUCGAGAGGUGGGGUGGGAAUGUACUCCCGGCUUUGCUGGAGGAGGGUUCUAUCGGGCUGCGGGACGGAAAAAUCGGUGGUCUUGUUUCGGAGAGACGCAAAGUCGUCCGCAAUGUUAAUGAAGGUCUAAGGGUUCAGCUGGAAACCUUCCAGGAGCAGCUCUCUGCAUCUCUUUCCUCGCAUGUGAUAUUUCAAUCUGGUGAGAUAACGUCAAACACAACUUUCUUUCCUGGACCCACCGUGAACGGAAAGGGUGCGGAGAAUGUUCGUGUCAUUGAUGCUUUGAUUCGGAGGAGCGUUGAGAGGCUAUUGUUGCGCCUUGACUUUAACGAGUUCACCAGACCUGCUGAGAGGCGGGCCGAACUUUUAAGAGAAGCUGGCCUUGCAUAGAGAAACGGGCCACGACUGUUGAAGCCACCCUGAAUUUCUUGCGCCACUCGGUCGUAGCUCGUAUGUUUUGUCUCUUAUCGAUGGCUUUGGAAUUUAAACUGUGGCCGCGCUCGAGACGAAAGAAUGAGAUAUUGUUGGUUUAUGUAUGAUUGUUUUGACAUCGCGGUCGCCACGAAACAGGCUCUCGAUCAGUAAAUGACACAACGUGGGUUUGACUUGCUUAGUAAGGCGAUACGGAGAAGUUUCGG